AUUGCGGUAUUAUGAUAUAAUAUAAGUGGUGAUCGGAGUAGAGAUAUAGCAGCCGUAGUUGAGAGUGUACAUGAAGAUCGUGGAUAGUUAAUUCGGCAUCAUUUGCAGCAACUCGGACUGACGUAUGGAACGACUUGGCGCAUUCGUCGAGAUCUUAAAUUGAAAGUUUAUAUACUAUAUUAUAUAUUAAGAGCUGAAACCGUUCGACCCCCUCAAGCAACACCUCUUCGCUGUAUGGGCUCUUGCAAAGUUCCAAGAAGAUCCGACGUUUUUGAGCCAAAUUUUGUUAAGCGAUUAGGCCCAUUUCUGGGUCAAUAAGUAUGUAAAUACGUAAAAUUGCCUCAUUUGGUACCAAGAGCAACUUGAAGAGAAUCAAAAGCUGCCAUUUCAUACAGAAAAUGCAACUGGUUGGUGUGAUUUGUGGGCCUGUCGAUUGUGAUCGCUCAAUAUUUCUUCAAAAAUGAAUGGUCGCGCGCCAUGAUAACCGACUAUUUGAUGCCUGAAAUUGAAGCUCGUGAUCUCGUGCCCUUUGCUUUCAACAAUACAGCGGCACUUCCUACACGUCGCAUCAAUCGAUGCAUUUAUUGAGAGAACACUGCGGUGAGCAGAUAAUUUCACAUUUUAGGUCGGCCGAUUGGUCACCAAAAUCGUGUCUUGUCACACCGUCAGACUUUUUCCUGUGGAGAUGUGUGAAGUCCCAAUUAUAUGCAGACAAUCCUGCUUCGAUUUAGGCCUUGGAGCAAAACAUCACGCCUGUCAAUCGCCAUUAAAUUUGAAUUUUCUGUGUUUUUUUUUGUAGGAACCUUUACUUCUUUCGGACCAAACUCGAUAUGUAGAACCAAUAAUGUCUCUGAAAUAUGGCAACUCCCGAAAUAAUUUAAAACUUCAAAAUCCAAAUCACAACUUCGCAUAAAGGAGUGAAACAUUCUCAAUCCUUUAAAUAAUUUUCAAGUCUUUAUUCCUAACAAUUUUCGAGUGGAUUUAAUAACCCGAAUUGAGAGGUACCUUAUUUUUUUAUCGAAGGAAAUAUAAAAUUUAUAAUUUAGUCUAUAAUUAUUCGCAGUGUAGCUUGCUAAAUGUCGAAAUAUCAACGCUGAUUUUUGACAUUUGCUAUUAUAUGGAAUGUCAAACACAGAGAGAGCCUGAACUGAGCGUAAUAUUUGCGUUUGCGCAUUACAACACUAUCAUCUUUACAUAAUUCCACGAAUGACAGUUGUCAAUUGAAGUAAAAGCGACUUUUAUUUAAACGCUGCGAACUCACCACAAACGCAAAGCUUGCAUUAUAAAAAUGAAAUUGCGGCGAAGCACGCUUUUAGGCGUUAAAAAAAUGUAGGCAAAACUAAUGAUACAACUAAAGUGGAUAUGAAUUGUGCGCUUUAAAAUCUAUUUCAUAGUUUAUAUGAAAACAUGUCACUUGAUAUAUUUAGGACCAGUGCUGUUUGCUAAGCUUUCGUCAGUUAGACGACAAUUAAGCUCGUCUCGUUGACUUGCCAAAAGCUCACGGUCGUGCGUAUGAAAUUCUGCGAUUUCACUCGUCAUUCAGUCAAAGAUUUUCCGAUAUUGCGUGCACUACAAUAAGCCCACAGUCGCGACGUGUUCCGAAGUCAAUGUGAAAAAAAGUGUAAAAUUCAAUUUUAUUUCACGAAUUCGAAAACAAAAGCUAAGCCAGUCAACUGAAAACAUUUUAAUUGCAAUUCACUUUAUCACUAAGCGCAGAGAGACUGAGCUAGUCGUGGUGGUGGUGGUGUUGCCACACAGUGCUUGUGGUGAACUUAAAUGAGAGUGCACUGUGGUGAAUUUUGUCACAAUUCGGAGAAAGCACAGAGCUUUACCACUGUCGUGUAUAUGUGUUGGUGUUUGUAGGCUAACAGUUAACCAAAAAAAAAAACAGAAUAAUAUAUUAAAGCAACAACAAAAAAUUAAAGGAAAGAAAUAAUAAAAAUCAGCUGAAAAGGCCGAAAAAAUUUAAAAGAAUUUUAAAAAGAAAGAAGUGAAAUGGACAUGUGGGUGUGAGGUCAACGCAAAGCGACCGAUAUCGAUGUCUCCGCAAUUAGAGAAUGCUUAAGUUACCAAAAGGCUUAAAAAAGAAAAAGAAGAAGUCGAAAAAGGAUCAAGAACUCUUCACCGAAGAGGAGCUCGAACAGUAUAAGCGCGAGUUAAAAGCUAAGCAAGAGGCAGCCGCUGCUAAAUCGGACGCUGGUGAAUCGGACGCAGCAUCAGACGUUGAGGGUUUAGCACCAACUGCAGCAUCCACAUCCAGUACAGCACCUGCACAUACCGAAACAAGUGAGGCAAACGCAGAUACCAGCGCUAACGGCGGCGCUGCGCCAGCCGCAGCUGCAAAGAGUGCCGAAGCGGACGAGGAGUGGGCCAAGUUCAAAGCGCUUACAUCGGGCGUUGACUCUAUUUUACAUAAAACUCAAGACGAGUUAGAUCGUAUUAAGAAAGAGUCCUUCUACCAACGUUUGCCAUCAGCAGCGGAGAAGAAACGGCUUGAGGAAGAGGAAGCUGCACGUCGUGAGGCGGAGCGUUUAGAAGAAGAGCGUCGUAAGGCAGCCGAAUUAGAGGCAAAGCGCGACAAAUUAGCCGAGGCGGUAGUUGAACUCUCCGAAUCGGAAGGUGAACAGGACGAGGAGGUAGAUGACAUCUUCGCCACUGACUAUAUAGAAGCGAUAACCAGUGGAGAAGUACAAUUAGCCGUUGUACCUGAAUCGCCAGUAUUAGAAUUUGACGACGGUCCUGAUCCUUUCGAUACCGCAUAUGCAGAAAAAGUUAUUGUUGGCGCAGAUAAGGCUAAAGGUAAUAAGAAACUUGUCAGCCUUGGUGCGGCGGUUGAAGUCCUCUCGGGACGUGUCGAUCGUGAGCACGCACUUUCGCUUGCCAAACCAAAACGUAAGCUACGAAAGGGUAUACAAAACUUAUUACUGAGCGAGAGUAUUGACCUAGCCGAUCAGGAAGUUGAAAUAGUUGCGGCCGAACCACAGAAAAAUUUACUUGACGAGCUUGUGGACGACGUACCCCAGUCAGAUGCGCCAAUUGAUUUAAGUGUUUCAUUACAUUUGCAUUUGAUACAACACAAGAAAACAGAAGAAGAGGAGGAGGAAGAGGCAAACGACGCCGGUUUACCGGAUUUAUCGGAAUUUGAUGCACUUAAAGACGAUGAUGAUGAUGAGUUCGCUGAAUUAGCAGCCGAAUCGUUAACUAAAAAAGAAGAAGUAAAAGUUAUCACUCAGAUACCUAUUCCUCAACCCGAAGUACUUUCGGAAGUAAUAGAGGCUGAUUGGGCAGAAUUUGAACAAAUACCCGAAGAGGAACCAACAACUGACGGCAAAGCUAAACCAUCACGUCCUCCACCACCAGCUAGACCUGCCUCUGGUCCGCACUUAGUUGCAGGUGCCAUAUACAUUAGUGACGAAGAAGAGGACUUCGCCGCUGACGAUCCAUUCAAUACUGCAUACGCUGAGCAAGUCAUCAAAAAGACUACAGUACUAGAAGAAGACGACGACUUUGAUCCACGUGCCGAAGAAAAAUCUGUACCGCCCGCCAAACCACCACCACCAGCUACAAACUUAUUAUCUCAACCAACACGUGAUUUGUUGGGUGGCAGCGCCACUGACUUGUCCAAGGUUGGUCCCGCUCCUAUAGCGCCUACACAGGAGGUUGAAGAGGACCCAGCUGAUUUCGAUCCUUUCGAUACCUCCGCAGUCAGUGCAAUCGUUCAACCGAAGGCAACGGAGCUAAAGUUCUUGGAGCGUGAACUCCUAACUGAAAGUAAUCUUAAGCAUUCACUUAGUGAUCCAGACUUUGAUCCACGUGCAGACGAGCCAGCGCCUGCGCCUACUAGGUCUGCAGUACCGCCACCUCGUCCGGCUGCACCACCUGUGCAAACUCCAAAUAAUCCCACUAUUGACUUUGAUACUGCACGACGCAAGUCUUCCUUAAGUUUGAAUAUCCAAUCAAAAAGUGUUGGUUUCUUGGUGCCCUCACAAGAUUUGCUCGGUGCCGCGAAUGACGGUCACGGUAAUAAAAAGCCAUUGACACCUUAUUACGCACCGACAGGAGCAAAAGAAAAGAUCAGUGAAAAGGAGGCCGAGGAUCCAUUCGACACCUCAUACGUACCAGAAGCGAAACCCAGUGAGGUGGAACUCAAGCAUCUAGAAGAAGAUUUACUGACGAAAAAUACUCUAAAACAUAGUCUAUCCGAUCCCGAUUUCGAUCCACGAGCGCCACCUACACCGGUGCCUGCGGAAGAGUUAUUAGCGGUAAAAGAAGAUAUAAAGGCGAAGGUGCUGACACCAUCCCAAGAGAGUAAAGAUCUCACAGACGACACUCCAGAGUAUAUAGACCCAUUUGACACAUCUAUUGCGUCUAAUUUGCAACCAGGCAGAGCAGAAUUAAAACUUUUAGAGAGUGAAUUGCUUCCAGCUACUGUGUCAGAGAUCACAACGGGAGUGCUUGAUACACAAACGGACGCACAAGAACUCGGUCUAGGCGACAAGGUAUUAACACCCUCGGUUCCUGUAAAACAAAUUACACUUCCCGAAGAAGUUGACCCAUUUGACACUUCAAUUGCCGAGAACUUGGCACCUGGCGCAACCGAGAUCAAAUUAUUGGAGAGUGAAUUAAUUGAGCGUUAA